AUGAUGCACAGGUGCAGUAAUUCUCAGGGAAACAUGGCUUUCGGUUUAUGUUCAUGUGGUGUGUUUCAUCAUAGCCAAAGCAACUCCUUCUCGGUGCCUUUUUCCAUGCCGAACCACAAAUAUUUCGAUGAAACAGACAUGCACCGUUUCACGUCCCCUUCAUCGUCUUCUUCCGUCGAUUGCACUCUCUCGUUGGGAACUCCAUCUACUCGGCUUUGCGAAAACAACGGCAACAAGCGUUUCCGCCAUGAGCGUCACUCUUCUAGCUUCUGUUUGCAGGACAAGAACAUACACUGUUCGCAGCAAAGUGCAAAAGGUAGCCGUGGAAGCAAUGGGAAUAGCAGUAGCAUCUCGGGCAAUGAUGCUCUCUUAGCUCGCCGUUGUGCUAAUUGUGACACCACUUCUACACCACUUUGGAGGAACGGUCCAAGAGGUCCAAAGUCACUUUGCAAUGCUUGUGGAAUUCGAUUCAAGAAAGAAGAAAGAAGAGCAGCAAAAGCCAGCAACUCAUUAGGUGCAGCGGCUUCAAUGUAUUCAUGGGUUCAUCAUCCGCAAAACCAGAAAAUGCCAUGUUUCUCGUCGCCCGUCAAUGUAUUCUGGUUCAUUUGAUUGAGAUUCUGAUACUGGGCAUUCCCUUUUCU